GUUAUCAUGUUGAUAAGUUGCUUGGUAAAGACAUGUUGAGAGAAAUUAUGGAUACAUUGAUUGAUAUUUGAGACACUGCUAUUCCAAUAUUAGAGCUUAGAGCUAUGAUGCAAGCUGUACACAAGAAAAUAAGAAGUGCAAUGAAGGCAAUGAGCAAGAAAGAACCUCAGGAAAAUGAUGAAAAUGAACAGCAGCAUGCAGCCCUUGUCCACAGUGACAGCAUGGUCUCUAUGUACUACAAGGAUUAUGUUACAGGGAGUAAAGAAAUGGACUUGAGAAGUCAAGGUCUAAAAGACCUAACAAUUGAUAUUGAACAAGACAGUAAUUUAGAAACAAUAGAUUUAUCCGACAAUGAGUUGACCUCACUUCCCCAAGAGUUUGGAGAUCUCCCAAAUGUCAGAUCAGUAAAUUUGAUGCAAAAUUCAUUUUGUAAGUUUCCAAGGGAGCCACUUUAUUUGAAGCAACUAACUGUGUUAAAUCUGAAAAGGCAGGCUAUAUCCUCCUCAUAUGCGUCUAUGGGAGCAGACACUAUUCCAAAGCUAACUGACCUGCCAUCUGAUACCACUUGGCCAGUGUCCCUUGAAGAACUCACUCUUAGUGAAAAUGCCAUCCAUGAACUGCCAAAAUCAUUGGCUACACUCCAAAAAUUAAGAAUCCUUGAUGUAAGAUCAAAUAAGUUACGUGAAUUCCCAAUUCACAUUUGUGGACUAAAAAGCUUGACAAGUCUUAUUCUAUCCAGUAACAAAAUUGAAGAAAUACCAGAAGAGAUUGGACAGCUGACAAACUUAAAAAUGCUGAGACUCUCAAAAAAUAAGCUCUGUAAACUUCCCGAUACGAUAUGUUCAUUAGUGAGCCUGGAAACCUUGACAUUGCGAAAUAAUCAGCUAACAGCACUCCCUGUGAACUUUGAUAAUUUGCAGGGAUUGAAAAACAAGCCAAAUACUAAACGACUUGGUCUUGGAUUCUUUGCCGAAAACAAUGCAUUUAUCUUCCCUCCACAGGACGUUUGUGAAAGUGAGGUAGAGAAAAUAUUCAAGUAUUUGGACAAUAUAAGAGGUAACCCUGACACUCUUAAUAAACUGCUUGAAGAGAGUCAAAAGGCCAUGGAGAUCAAAGCUGGGGGCACUGAACAAAUGAAAUAUGAGAUUCUGAAGGAUGAAUACUUCCGAGAUCUAUCAACAAAACUUGGGAAAUCCUGGAAAUCAGUAGCUAGCUAUUUAAAAUUAACAUCUGCAGAGAUUGAAACUAUUGAGCUGAACAACCCAGGCCACACAGAAGAACAGAUCUUCCAAAUGCUGAUAAAAUGGAGGGAUAGAAGUGUCCAUUCAGCCAAGCAGAUGCCAAAAGCGGGUAAAAUACUGAAGUAUACGGGGGCAGGAGCUAAGGAAGUCACAAACAAUGCUAUAAUGGAAAAAGAACUUGCAUUGCCUCAGGAACUAAGUGAUGCUUUAAUUGAGGCAGAGCUUGUAGUACUAUCAAAUGAGUUAGAUGAAAAAAGGUCAAGAACUGACUGGUAAACUAAUCUAAAGAUCUUCAAAGGGUAUAUACAGGGUGGUCCAAAAAGUGAACUCCUGCAACAGGCUAUAAUUUCCUAAAUACAUGGAUGAAUUGGCUCAUAUUAUCACAUCUUAAAGAGAAUAGUCUAAAAUUUUUGUUGAUGCCAUAAUUUAUUCUCAUUGAAUUUUGAAAAAAUCCCAAGACUUAAACAAACAUGCCUGAAAAUUAGAUAUUGUGCAAAAUUUUACCAAUGAAAUUGUCUGAACACAC